AUGGUGGAGAAGCAUUCAAUUAAUGAAGGUUGUCCAUCUAUAGAGAACAAGAUCAAAAUACGCAAGAAGGAAUGCAUUAUUAAUCCAGACCCAGAAGAAGAAGAAGAUAGAUUCAGUCGAUUACCUGAAGACAUUCUGGUGAGGAUAGUUUGUCUGCUGCCGCUAAAGGAUGCAGUAGCUACAAGUGUCCUUUCCAAGCAAUGGGAGUCCAUCUGGACUUGGACUAACAAUCUCGACUUCGAUGGAGACCAAAGUAUUGACCGCUACCAACAACGGAAUGAGAGGCUUAAUUUCAUCAAGCUGGUAAAUAAUGUGAUUGAAAAGCACAAUCACAAAGCUGAACUUGAACGCUUCAGGGUUUGUUUCGAUCUUAGUGGUAGAAAUUCAUCUUCCAUUAUUAAAUGGAUUCGUUUUGCCACGAGAAAGAGAGUUCGAGUUCUUGAAUUGAAGUUUUUUGAAUGUGGUUGCCCUAGAAAUACUACAUCCUCUUUUGUGUUUCCUUCCAAAAUUAUUAAACACUUGAAGUUCCUCAAAGUUCUUAGUUUGGUUUGUGUACAUGUCAGCCAAGAGGUUCUUGAGUCUUUAUUGUCUAAGUGUCCCCUACUUGAACGGUUGGAAGUUGUGCAUUCGGACACAUUGAUCAAUUUAAGGGUUAGGGGUCCAUCACUUGCAUUGAAGCAUUUGAAGUUAAAGUAUUGUUUCAAUGUUAAAAGCAUUGAAAUAUGUGAUGCUAUAAACAUGGUUUCAUUCUAUUGCGACUGUCAUGAGCCUCUUAAGGAUCCACCGUUAAGAUUGGUGCUUAGGAAUGUACCAAAGCUUGCGAACGUUGACAUCAGUUUGUGCAAUGUUAACUAUCUACAUCAUGCUUUUGCUGCCCUUUCAUGCUGCGUCUCUUACCUACAGAUUCUCCAACUUCAUCUUGCUGCACAGCGCUAUAAGGAUGAUGUUCCAUAUCCUAUGCUACCAAAUCUCAAGGAGCUGAAAUUGUUUCUUGAUGGAUUUGAUGAUCUCAUUCUUUUCCAUAUACAUCCUUUCUUGUUAAAGGCACCUAACUUGCAAAGACUAGUGUUGAAGUUGAGACACUGGUAUUUGGAUAUUGUUGAACCGGCCGCCUGUAGGAAACCUGCGAAAAAGCCUCAUCAUUAUUGCCUCAAGGAAGUGGAAGUAACAGGUUAUUCAGGUUUUCCAAGUGAUGAUGAGCUUAUCCUCUAUCUUAUAGAGAGUGCAGUUUCACUUGAGAAAAUCAUUGUCAACACUUGCGAAUCUGAGGAAUGGCCCGUCCAGUCAACCAUGUUUGAAGGGCAGGGAAGAGAUGCUCUGAGGCAUAUGAAAGAAAAGAUUCCUACAACUAUAGAAUUUAUAUGUCUUUAAUUUAUGUAGAGAUUGCUGUGGUUACUAUAACUUAAGAAUAAAAAAACAGUUUUAUUUUUACCAAAUUAAU